AUGACAGUGACAUCGUAUGCUGUAGAGAUUGAAGAUCUGACAUAUACAUUCCCUGGUAAGAAUGAGGCGGCUCUUAAAGAGGUCACCAUGCAAAUUCCUUGGAAUACUAGGACUUUGGUAAUUGGAUCAAAUGGUGCUGGUAAAUCUACUUUGUUAAAAUUAUUAAGUGGUAAACAUUUAUGUUUGAAUGGUAAGAUUCAAGUAAAUGGUCUAGAUCCCUUCAGCCCAUUAUCAAUGCAUCAACCAAAUAAUGACGAAGCUAAUGGAGAUGUUCAAGUGAGUACUUAUUUAGGUACAGAAUGGUGUCACAUGAAUAUUAUAAAUAGAGAUAUUGGGGUUCUGGAAUUACUAGAUAGUAUUGGUUUAAAACAUUUCCAAAAACGUGGUGAUUUGUUAUGUGAUAUCCUAGAGAUUAAUUUGGAGUGGAGAAUGCAUCAAUUAAGUGAUGGACAAAAGAGACGUGUUCAAUUAGUCAUGGGUUUAUUAAAACCAUGGAGAGUUUUACUUUUAGAUGAAGUGACGGUGGACUUAGAUGUUAUUGCUAGAGCAAGAUUAUUAGAUUUCUUAAAAAUGGAAACUGAGACAAGAAAAUGUUCUGUAGUAUAUGCUACACACAUAUUUGAUGGGUUAGCUCAAUGGCCUGAUAAUAUUUAUCACAUAAAGGAUGGUCGCCUGAUUGAUAAGCUUGAUUACAAGAAGGAUGUUAAAUUUACAAUAUCACAGGAACUUUACACUAAUGGUGAUGUAACUUUUGAAGAGGAUUCUCAUAUUUCAAUAAGUAAGGUAAACAGUUUACACCCACUAGCAAUAGCAUGGUUGAAGAAGGAUAACAAUAUUAAAGAUUAG